AAGCCGGGUGUGUGUGUUCCCCCCAGCAACCAAUGGGAGUGCUCGGGCAGCUCUUCCUUGGGGGCGAGGGGAGCGGCUGGUUUUCCGCCUGACACACUCCUCCCUGCUCUGCGGAGCUGCUCACAAUGAGGUUUGGCUGGGGCUUGGCGGUGCUUUGCUAUUUCAGUCUAUGGGACUCAGCCUGGAGCGCGACCGCUCCCUACCUGCAGAAGCCGAACUCGACCGCCCCACCGGGAUUUCCCCGAGUCCUGGACCCCCACGACCCCCGAGUGCGCACAGCCGCCCGCUUUGGGGUGUAUCGCUACAACAACAGCUCCAACGACCUCUUCCUCUUCAGGGAGUCCCGCAUCACCCGCGCGCUGGUGCAGGUGGUGCGGGGGCUGAAAUACAUGAUCCACGUGGAAAUCAGCCGGACCGUGUGCGACAAGAGGGGACACUCCAACUUGGACAGCUGCGACUUCCAGAAGAAGAAAAAGCUGCAGCAAAUGCUGAGAUGCUACUUCGAGGUCUGGACUAUCCCCUGGCUACAUCAAGUCCACGUGCCGGUUUCUCGCUGUCGCUGAGCCGCCUUCCCCAGCGAGGGCUGCGCGCGGCCGGGAGGGGCUCGGCCCGGUCUGUGCGCUCUCGCUUAGCCGCAGGGACCAGGAAGAACUGCUGCAGGGACCAUGCCUAGAGCAGCUGACUUCCAUCUCCGGCUCUUCGGAGACAGCUCAAAAGUCUGCACCAUAAACCCACCCAGAGUCAUGAGCUCACUGAAUAGGGUUAGUGCCGAGAGCCGUCCCGGAGGCAUUUUGCCGUAUUAGCUAAGCCCCGGACAACGGUUGUUCCACCAACCUCACUGGCCCACGUGUCCAUGGAAA